CAGAGCGUCAGAUGAGAGACCCGACGGUCCCAGGAAGCUGCGAUAUCAUUUAGCUACAAGACAGGGCAAACGCGGGAUUUCGAGAUUAGAUUUGUUCAUGGAUAAACGAUAAAUGUUAAAAUUUUAUAUCAAGUUUCCGCUCGUUUAACCCAUUCAUCUAUGCGUGGUUUUACACUGAUGAGAGCGAUGUUUACUCUGCAGCCUUAGGUGCCUCUGAAAGGUUGCACUGCCUAAAUAUUGAGCUGAAAUUUGGACAAAAGACCAAAUUGUUCCUCUGAUUUCACCUGUCUUGUGGGCUGGCGCCGAGCCAAUUUUGACUCUGGAGCAGGACACGGAGGAAAGUAUGGCCAUGACGGGAGGGACAGCAGCGGCCCUUCCCAUGAGUAACCACACGAGAGAGAGAGUGACCGUGGCCAAACUGACGCUGGAGAACUUUUACAGCACUCUGCUCACUCAGCACGAGGAGCGUGAGAUGAGGCAGAAGAAGCUUGAAAAGGCCAUGGAAGAGGAGGGCUUACCAGAUGAAGAGAAAGUCAUGCGCCGCUCACAACAUGCCCGAAAAGAGACCGAGUUUUUGCGGCUGAAAAGAACUCGACUUGGACUUGACGAUUUUGAGUCUCUAAAAGUGAUUGGACGAGGAGCUUUUGGGGAGGUUCGAUUGGUUCAGAAGAAAGACACAGGACACAUCUACGCCAUGAAGAUCUUGAGGAAAGCCGACAUGCUGGAGAAGGAACAGGUUGCCCAUAUCCGAGCAGAGAGGGACAUUUUGGUGGAGGCGGAUGGCGCGUGGGUCGUUAAAAUGUUUUACAGUUUCCAGGACAAAAGGAAUCUCUACCUCAUCAUGGAGUUUCUACCCGGAGGAGACAUGAUGACUCUACUGAUGAAAAAGGACACUCUCUCUGAAGAGGCCACUCAGUUUUACAUCGCUGAGACGGUUCUAGCCAUAGACUCCAUUCACCAGCUCGGAUUCAUUCACCGAGACAUCAAACCAGACAACCUGCUGCUUGACUCCAGGGGUCACGUAAAACUAUCAGAUUUUGGCUUAUGUACGGGACUGAAAAAAGCUCAUCGUACUGAGUUUUACAGAAAUCUCACUCACAACCCGCCCAGCGACUUCUCUUUUCAAAAUAUGAACUCUAAAAGGAAAGCAGAGACAUGGAAGAAGAACAGAAGACAGUUGGCUUAUUCCACAGUGGGAACCCCGGACUACAUCGCCCCAGAGGUCUUCAUGCAAACCGGCUACAACAAACUGUGCGACUGGUGGAGUCUGGGUGUCAUCAUGUAUGAAAUGCUCAUUGGUUAUCCUCCAUUUUGUUCAGAGACACCUCAGGAAACCUACAGAAAGGUCAUGAACUGGAAAGAGACUCUAGUCUUUCCUCCUGAAGUCCCCAUCUCAGAGCGUGCCAAGGACUUAAUACUAAGGUACUGCACAGAUGCUGAGAACAGGAUUGGGGCUGUGAGUGUUGAUGAGAUCAAGAGUCACCAGUUUUUUGAGUCAGUCGACUGGGAGCACAUCAGGGAGCGACCAGCAGCCAUCUCUAUUGAAAUCAAGAGCAUUGAUGACACUUCAAACUUUGAUGACUUCCCUGAGUCGGACAUCCUCCAGCCAGGUAUGACCACCAACUCGACAGAGCCAGACUUCAAAUCCAAGGACUGGGUCUUCCUGAACUACACAUACAAGCGCUUUGAAGGUUUAACACAACGAGGCACCAUCCCCACGUACAUGAAGGCAGGAAAAGCUUGACCACCUCACACCAAUAUAUAAUUAUAUGGACUAUACGGACACAGGGUCAUUCGGCCAUAUAGAGCCGCGCUGGAUCUAAUUCAUCCCAUUUAAGUCUGUUUUGCCUCUAAGAGUGAAGAAGAAAAAGCAUUAUCUACUUCUGCAAUACCUCUGAUAUUAUAUGCUAGCCAUAGCUAUAGAGCUGUCUCACUGGCUAGAACACUGAAUUAGCGUAUCUGCAUGGUUAGCGGCAUACUAGCUUCGGGAAUUCACUGCCGCUAAAAAACUGUGUGAAAUGAAAAUGCUUAAUUAAAAGUUCAGAGACUGGGGGCUAUGUUAGCGCGGAGCAAACAUGUGGGAGACAGACAAACUGAAAAGUAAUACUAGUCCAAAUCUAUCCCUCAGUUUCUAUAAAUAUGUAGUUUUGUUGUUUAAUUGUAUCCUAGGUUUGAUGUCUGGAUAUUAUGAGGCCUUUCCUUGUGGAGUUUACAUGUUCUCUUAGUGUCUUAAUGCAUUUAUUAUUGAUGCUGGAAUUUUCUCAUCGAUCUAAAACAUACACAUUAGGUUAAUUCUUUAGCUAAGGCUUGAUACUCUUGAUCAAGCCCUUGCUCAAGAUCUGAAGAAGUGUCCCUGACUGUUGCAAUGUCCUCGCACCAUUAACCUUAUAGGGUAACACACUGCAGCAGAGGUCAAAUCUAUUUUAAUUUAAUAAACGGACCACAUUUUGUUGGUACGAAAACAUUGUAGUAGUACAUUGUAUUACUACCCCUAGUAAUGAGAUAAACCUUUUUUUCUCAAUUUUAGUAGUCAAAAACACUGACUUCUGUUGUACUUCAAGUGUGGGUUAAAAGCCGUAGAAUAAUGAGGCACUGUUCUGGAGUUUGGCGCUAAAAGUUAAUUGUCAAAUGUAGUAUUCUUAAUAAAAGGAGAAGAUUGCACUGAGGUAGUUUUAUAGGUUCUGGUAAUAAAACAGAAGGGCCAUAAAGAUAUAUUGCUUUAUAGAGAACAAUAGCUUGUCUGUUCUCCUCUAGACCAAUAUAUUUGACAUCCUGCCAGCUUUUAUUUUUAGCUAUAUUGUUAAGAGUAGGCAAUUGUGUUUCCCCCUGUUUUGGUAAGUUAUAUAAAGUUUAAAUUUCAAUGAUAGCUAAGUUAGAUGUAUCCAAUACCCAAUUCUACUAUCUUAUCAAUAUUUGGCUCCUUGUAAAACCAUGCAUAGCUAAAAUAUGAAGCUUAUUUGUAUGAAACUACAAAUAUUUCAAUUUGUUUCCCUGCCCCUCUAGUUUUUCAAAAAAUGUAAAUAUAUGCAAUGAGCUAUGUAAACCACAAAUAAUGUUGGAUCUGUACUCAUUCCUAUACUAUAGCAUAAUAGGUUGUAGGCCAUGUGAAAAAAAAAGGCAUAUUCCAUCUGUCGUCUAGCUCCCACAAGUGUUUGCUCUGAACUAGCAAGAUCAGUCACUAAAGUUAGUAACCAAAGAUCAUCAAGAUGUAGCAAUCGCCUAAAAUAACUGCACUAAACUUUAAACUACCUUAAAACACAUGAAAGCUAUGGUCUUGUAUCUAUCUGAACAACACUCGCUUGGCUUUGUAACAUUAAGGCUCAUUAACGGGAGGACAGAGACUGAUUUUGCCAUUGUAGACAUAUUAAACUUCAAAUGCCAUUUCUAAACGAGCUUAAGCUGAAUAUAGAAGAUCAAUACAGUGGCUCUAAAUCUCUAAUGCAAAAUGCUUGUUACAUUCACUGAACCAAUACAAUGGCUUAUCCUGGUGUGUAGCUUAGCUUAAAUGGUCCGUUUAUUGUAGAAUGGGAUGAAAAAAGCAUUGAGAGAUUGUGUUAUCACAUGCUUAUAGAGAGAUUUCAGUUGCUGUGUUUAAAUGCAGGUCAUAUUGCUUGUUUUCGGGUGUUGAAGACAUUUGUGACACCAACAGGAACAAUAGUUUAGUAUGACAGUUUUAAAGCAUUGUUUCUUAUUAAUAAAGGGGACUACGAUCUGUGCCCCUUAGUUUUCUGUUCAUUAAACAAGCAAUUGGUAAAAGUAAUUAAACAUGUUGCACCUUGCACUGUUAUAAACCUAUAUAAAUAAAGUAAAAAUGGUCAUAUAAAAAUGGUGAUAAUAAUGAUUUAUAAAGAUUACUUGUAGCCCCCAUAAUCAGCAGACACCUAUACCAAGCACCGAUGAAGCAUAGUUUAUUUUAGCACAAUUUUAACAACUAAUUUAAUAUGUUUAAUCAUUUAAUAAAUCUUGUUUCCAGUUAGAAAUCUCUCUAUGGGCAUUUGCAAAUACCUGAACAGUGAUGCAUCAUGGGACCUUAGAAAAACAUGUGAAGGACAAAUCUGCUUGUGGCUUUUGGCUAACAGUGGUUGUGUAAUUACAUAAGACACAACCUGCUCUCAGCCUGAAACAAAGGCAGUGUACGCUGUAAAGAAGAAGUGCUAUUUUUGUCAUGUUUUGUGCUGUAACAAAAGGUCUAUAGAGGACAGAGAUUUAAACUGUAUUUUAGAUAAUACAGAUCUGAAUUGGAACUUGAAUUUAACACCAUGUCACUUUAACAGGGAUAACAGAUAUAUAUUAAAUAAAAUCUAUACUUUGUAAUACAAUUUAUCCCUAUUGGACCAAACUAGCCCUUAUGCCGUUUUAUAAAGGUUAUGUAGGCUAUGUAAAAAAAAGGUUAAGCAUAAGUGUACUAAACUCUACAGAAGGGACAAUAUUUACUAAUGCCUAAUUUUAGUAAAAAAAAUGUUCACCUCAGCAGUUGACCCACUGCUGGCCUCCUGUGAUUGGUGGGUUGUUUUUGUUGCGGUCAAUGGUCAUGCCCACUCCGUCACUCCCAUGGGUGUAUUGGAGAUAAUGGGUUACAAUUCUUCCAUGUUUUGUAGCUGGUGCUUCUACAAUUACUUUCUGUCAAGCAAGUUCAAUUAUUGAUUACUGAGGCUUUUUAACCUUAUGCAUAUAUUUUGAGGCAGAUUUAUAUAACAUCUACACCUCAAUUUUAGAAAAAGCAGUUAAGUCAUGUUUGUUCUUUAAACUUUUUUCCCCUCAUGUUUUUGAAAAGUUGGUUAACCUGAAGUCGGGUCUUAACAGUGGGUCAACUGUCAAUCACUGCUGUAAUUUCUUGACUACAAACUAGUUAGCUCUCUGAAUUCUGACUAAUAAAAGAGAUAUAGUAUUUCCCUUGUAAAAACUGGAUCUUAUGCCGUUGAUGAAGGACUAACCCUGGACCUGUGUGGACCUGGUUUUUGUUUUGUGUCAUGAAGUGAUCUGUACAUAUAGCUGUAGAAUAAAAUGUCUUUAAGUGAAUGGGAAAAGCUGUUAAUAUGUUCAUUCACUGGAUUUUAUGUUGAUAAAAAAGCUUAAAAUAAUAAAACAAAUAAACC